AUGUCCCUCUCCAAACUCCCAAACGAAGUCAUCUUUCUGAUCGCCACCCAUCUGGCCUGCUACAGGGACCUCAGGGCCCUCGUCCUGUCCUCUUGUGGAUUGUUCCAUCUAUUAAAAGGAUAUCUCAGGAAACACAGCUACCAAGCUUGCCAUGGAGACGCUCUAUGCUGCGCCGCGGCCCAUGGCGAUGAAGGACUCGCUAUGGAAUGUCUAAAGCGGAUGGCACUCGCCGCCGAGUCCUUUCAAGGGCACCGUGUAAGCAACCCGUACACACACCCUCUAUGCACCACCAACUGGAGGGUCGAGGAUACGAUCCUCAUUCAGCGUGCGCUGUUGGUAGCCGUGCAAGCUGGUUCAAAGUGCGUAGUCAAUCUUCUUCUCGGCCACGGCGCGCAGACCAUCUUCCGGUGUCCAUUUGGCUACAUUAACAACGUCCCGCCGCUCUAUCUCGCCGUGCAGAACGGCCACGAGGACCUCGUGGACCUUUUAUGUGAGAGGGGAGAAUCCUGCUACGGAUUGAAUACGUGUCCGCUUCUUUGGGCAAUCGAGCAUAAUCAGCACCGGAUCAUUCGCACCCUACUGCACCACGAAUCGUGCGAUCAUUGCUGGUAUGUUCUGCCGAUGGCCAUGAAUCGCGGUGAUACGGACAUGUUGCGCUUCCUGCUGGUGAACGGACUCCACGGAACGUAUUAUGCGAGUGAUGCGCUGUUUGCUGCAAUCUCCAAAGGGUACCUAGAAAUGGUUAGAUUGUUCAUCGCCCACGGCGCGGAUCCCAACCGGCUGGGCGAUUGCUACGACAGGAGGUGGGAUAGAAAUCACGUCCAGCUUCUUCGGAAGAUUGAUAGUCGCUCCCUUCUGGAGCCUGGCGGCACGGAGGAUGACCUUUGGAGUUGCUGCAACGGCUUGUGUGCGGAGGAGGAGCCGGUGUUCUAUAGUACCACCUACGUUGCGAUUUAUUAUGACCAGAUGGAGAUACUGAGGUUUCUGCUUGAGUAUGGGGUACAUCCUGACCCGGACGACAUUCAACUGGCGCGGAAGAAGGGGAAUCAAGAGGCUGUCAGUUUGCUUUCUCGAUUUUCUUAUGAAGAUGUACCGCAGAAGAAGUACUAUCUUCAUGCGUGA